ACAAACCUAUCCGUGAAAAAUGGCGGACGGGUGAAUUACGAUAUAAACAAUACGUAAAUUACUGUAUUACUCUAAGUAAGGCGAAAUGUUGUUGAAUUCUUCUUGUUAGUUACGCCCGAGAAAACUGUUUAAAUCUUAGUAUUGGAUAUAGCUCUGUUAAAUUUUGUUUUUUUUAUAUAUAAACAUUUUUUCUCACUUGUGUGCUAAAGAAUGGAUAACGUCCUCUCAACUAUUCCUCUAACCACUUCUGGAAAUGCUUCAUCAGUUGAUUCAUCUCAAUCGGAUGACAGUCUAACAUAUGAGAAAUUCGAUGACGAGGAUAACGAUGACAACGUUAGUUUGGCAGAAGAAGAUGAAGAGUUCCCAUCUAUAGAAGAGGAUCCUGAACCCCUAGACAUGACAGAAAAUACCUCUAGCAGUAUUCAGACCACAUCGGAGGGCAAACAAGAUAGUCCUCCAGAAGAAGAAGAGAAGCCAGCCAAACGUAAGAGGAAGGAGAAAGAUAAGAAUGGAGAGAAAAAGAAGCGUAAGAAGCAAAAAGACGAAGAUAAGAAGAAAAAGUUGUAUGAAAGGAAAAAUAUUAGAAAAAUAUUAGGAGGAGAGAAAUUGGAGAAAGAAACCCUGGAAGCGUUGAAGGCUGAAGAAGAGAGAAAGAACAGAUUGAAAGAGCAGGAAGAACGACGAAAAGAACAUCAACUGGCAAACAAGAGAGCAGCUGAGGAACGCUACAAAGUUAAGUGUACCCAAUUGAAAUCCUUGCUCGAAGAAGAUAUUUCCGAUAAAGAGGAAAUACAGAUAGAACCUGCCAAAAAACAAGAUGACUAUAUUUGCCUUAGCUCAGACGAUGAAGAUGAAAUCGAUCGUUUGCGACAAAAUCGUUUAAAACAGGAACAGCAAUUGGCGAUUAUGAGGGCUCGAUCAGCCGCAAAAAAUUUACCAUCAAUUCUAAAUAAAUCUGCUCAAUUAGCAACUUCUUCCCCUCAUAUACCAAAGCCAACUAGUAAUGCAAUAUUGAGCUUUGACGAUCCGUUACCCGGAUUAUCAGGUCUAACAAGUAGUGAUGAUGAGGAACCAGACGAAGAAACGACAGGGAAUAAUAAUUACUGUAAUGACACCAUGAAUCUACCAGAUGAUCAAGGCAGAGUUUUGAUAAAUGUAGGUCAUCCAGGCGAUGAGCCCGAUGUAUAUUUGGCCCCACAAAUCGCGAGAAUAAUUAAACCGCACCAAAUUGGAGGAGUACGUUUUCUCUACGACAAUUUAAUUGAAUCUACAACGCGAUUUUCAGCAAGUAACGGAUUUGGUUGCAUUCUGGCCCAUACUAUGGGCCUGGGGAAAACAAUUCAAAUGAUCUCUUUCAUUGAUAUUUUUCUUCGCCACACAAUUUCCAAAACUGUUUUAUGUAUUGUACCUAUUAAUACAUUACAAAACUGGGUCUCGGAGUUCAACAUGUGGAUCCCUCCUAUUCCGGAAUGCGACAUAGAUUACAAAGGAAAUUUAAAAAGGCCAAUAAAUGAUAAUUCCUCAGCUGCAUCUUCAAGCCAGGAAAAUUCUGCAUUCGCUAACGACUUUAUGGGAAAUUCAAUGCAAAAAAAUUUCAAUUUGUCAAAUCAAAAUCCAAGCCAUUUAAUCAGCAAUAAAGCAAAUGGCUCAAAGAAUAAUGGACUGAUGGGACAUGAUCUCUUCAACUCGAAUUCUCCAAAUAAUUUUUCAAAUUUAAAUGAACAAACCGAGAUAAAUAGUAAUGAAAAAGCAAAUGGAAAUGUGUUCGAUAAACUUUUUGAAGAAAAGCCUCAGGAAGUUAGAGAAAGGAAUUUUAAAAUAUUUGUAUUAAAUGAUACUCAUAAAACUAUGGCUGCAAGGCUUAACAUAGUUGGCACCUGGUAUAAAGAAGGAGGUGUUCUUUUGAUGGGUUAUGAAAUGUACAGGUUAUUAAGUUCUAAAAGAGGUCAUAUACCAAAACCCAAACGUCGUAGAAAGAAGGUAUAUGAACCUGAAGUAAUAGAUGUUGAAGAAGAAGAUCGAAACAAGGAUAUGUUAACAAAUAUUCAAGAAGCUUUAUUAGAUCCAGGGCCAGACCUUGUCGUGUGUGACGAAGGUCAUAGAAUAAAGAAUAGUCACGCUAGUAUUGCUCAAGCUCUUAAAGCAAUCCGAACAAAGCGUCGUGUCGUUCUCACCGGGUAUCCCUUACAAAAUAAUCUUAUUGAAUAUUGGUGCAUGGUCGAUUUCGUGCGACCUAAUUAUUUGGGAACAAAGCAAGAAUUUUGCAACAUGUUUGAAAGGCCGAUAACAAAUGGGCAAUGUUUGGAUUCAACACCAGAAGAUAUCAAACUUAUGAAAUAUCGAGCGCACGUACUGCAUAGUUUAUUGGAGGGAUUUGUCCAAAGACGGGGACAUUCAGUUUUAAAAUACACACUUCCCUUAAAAGAAGAAUAUGUUCUUGUAGUAAAGCUAUCAGAAAUACAAAGAAAGUUAUACGAAGCAUUUAUAAACUAUUUAAAUAGUAGCAGCUUGGGUACUUCGUCUGACAAUGGAAAUGCGAUAAAAGCUUUUUCAGUCUGCUGCAAAAUUUGGAAUCAUCCGGAUAUUCUAUACAAAUGUGCCCUCAGCGCCAAUAUGACAGAAGAUUUAGAUGUGGACUUCGACGGGACGAUUAUCAAAAAGUCGGCAAAAAAUAAAAAACGUUUAAUCUCAUCACCAAAACAAAAUUCUCCAUCUGACACAUUUGAGAAUAGCAACGGAUCUGAUUUAAUACAAGCAGCAUAUAACAAGAAAGAAAAAGAGGAACAAAUUAAUUACGAAUGGGCUAACGCUUUACUUCAAACUUACGUGCCUGGUAAUUUAGAAAAUGGAGGAAAGAUGCUAAUCUUAAUGAAUAUAAUAAUGGAGAGUUUAGCUAUCGGAGACAGAGUACUUGUAUUUAGUCAAAGUUUAUUUACGCUGGAUCUAAUCGAAUCCUACUUGGCAAAAAUUAAAGUACCUGGAUAUGACACAAAUUUCUCCAAAAAUAAAUUCUAUUUUCGUCUUGAUGGAUCAACUAAUAGCUUAGAACGAGAGCGUCUGAUUAACGCGUUCAACUCGCCUGACAAUCAAACAGUCAGCAUAUUUAUGCUUUCUACAAGAGCUGGAUGUUUAGGGAUUAAUUUGAUUGGGGCUAAUAGGGUUGUAAUAAUGGAUGCGUCUUGGAAUCCAUGCCAUGACUGUCAAGCUGUUUGUCGUAUUUAUAGAUAUGGACAAACUAAAAGCUGCUACAUUUACCGGCUCGUAUCUGACAACACUAUGGAAAAGAAGAUAUACGAUAGACAAAUCAAUAAACAGGGAAUGGCAGAUAGAGUGGUAGAUGAACUUAACCCAGAAACUCAGUUCAAGAGGGGUCAAGUAGAAAAUCUACUGCAAUACGAUGAUAAAGACCUUCCUACUGUAGAUCCAAAUUGUUGUAGCGAAAUAAAUGAUAGGUUAUUGGAUAGAGUUGUAAGAAAAUGUCAUUAUUUUGUAACAAAAGAACCAUUUACCCAUGAAUCUCUCCUGUUGGAUAGGGAGGAAUCCAAAUUGACAACAGCUGAAAAGAAAUUUGCAAAGCGCAGUUACUUUUUGGAAAAACGUAAUUCAGGAGGCUUUGGCCGAAAUAAUUAUUCUCGGAUGAAUAACCCUAUGUCAUCGAAUAUUAAAUUCGAUUCAAAUAUAAACCGAUAUUCCCAAAUUAAUUUAAGAACAAAUGAAAGUUCAGUUCUACCAAGUAAUUUAACCAUGCCAACUCCAAAGAUAAAGCAAGGUGUUUCAAUUCAACAAAUCAAAACAAAAUCUGACGUGGCAAUACCUGGAACUGAUUCUUCCGGAAAUCCUAAUUGUAUAAAAGCGGGUGAAACAAUUACUGUAAUCAAAACAUCGAAAGGAACGUAUAUAAAAACUAUAAGUGGAAAAUUAUAUGCUGUGAAAAAUAAAUUCGGGCAACUUGGAAAUGUAUCACCAAAGUUUAGUUCGAAUUUAGCUGACGGCUCGCAAUCGAAAACCGUUAUCCAAGAACCUUUGGCAACAGGUGAUGAUAUUUCUAUAAUAGGUGAAAGAUCAGAACCAUCUUCAUCUCCAUUUGCGUCAAGUUUGGAUAGUCUGCUAGAGAGACGUUCAUCUAUUCUGUCUAAUUUAUUAUCUUCAACAAGUGCGACAUUAGAAGACGCAAAACAAUGCAAAACUCAUGAUAGUGGAGAUUCUAUGUCAAGUACAUUGACUAGUCAAGCCACAAAAAGUGAAGCAGAUGAUUACAUUCAAAAUAUCCUAAAUUCGGCACAUUCAACGACAGCAUCUGCUUCAACGCAAAACCAACCGAAAGAUGAUUUAGCAUUAGACUUUAAGAAAUACUUUAAAAAUUUUGAUGGUGCAUCUCCGUCGUCGUCAUCGUCGUCCCAAUGGAGCACAAAUGAUUCCUCUGCGAAUCGGACACCGUCCGUAAACUUUCAACAACCGUACUAUAGCAAUGCCAGCUUUCCUACAAAUCAACAGCAAUUAAACUUAAAUCAGUUUGCCAACUCGUUUCCAAACAAUGUUUCCUUCGGUCAGCCCCCUCACUACAACUACUCUUUUCCUACUAACUUCUCCGGGCAGCAACCUUCGUAUAGUGAACUUUAUUCUAAUUUAUUUUCUGAUCAACGUUCAUCACAAGGACAGUAUUCUUACGAUCAGCGUUAAAUAUUUGUAUAAAAAACAAAAACAAAAAAUGACAAGCCAUAAAUAUUGUAGUCGUACAUACACACUAGACGUUUCUUCUCAAAAGAAACUUACUUUAUAUAUCUGAAAGGAACAAGAUUGAAAGUAUUAAUUUAUUGCUUAAUUACUUCACCUGUCUUUGCUUCCUUUUUUUCAUUUCUUUUAUAUUGUCGAUUUAUGUUAAAUCAGCAAUAAUAAAGUAAAAUACUUUUUUUUCAAACAGUGAUUAAAUGUCUUUGAUAUUUCAAUUUUGUCCUUUCGGGGUAUGAAUUAAAUUCUGUCAAUUUUAAAUUCUUUUGUUUUUGUCUUUCGUAGAACAAAAAAAAAAAAUCACUUUAAUCGAUAUAUCAUUAAUUAUUUCACAAUUUUCAGUUUUUUUUGUGGGUAUAUAAAUGUGAAAAAUAAUUUUGUUUGAUAAAUCUAUUAUCUAUUAUUUGAUUGAUAAACUUUAAAGAAACAUUUCCUUCGAUCUCUAAAUGUUUUGUAUUGAUAUGAAUUUUUGUUUGUUUACUUUUAUUGUUCAAUUGCUUUUUUAAUUCAUAAAAAUUCUGGUUAGGUUAUGUAAAAAGAAAUUAAUUUUAAACUUAUAUGCUGUAUAUACAGUAUAUAAGCUUUUUUAUUUGUUCGUUUUUGAAAGUUUUGUUGAGUUGAACUAUGGAUCUUUGAAAAUGUCAUACCUUAUCUAAUUAUACUUCUCACGGCCAGCAUCUAUUCUAAUAAUCCUCCUUUUUUCUCCCAUAUCCUAUUUGGUCACUCUGUAAAAAUCUACAAUGUUUUGCCUCUUCAAUUAUUUAUAUACACGUGGUACGUUAUAUUAUAUACC